GAGUUUCCUGGCCGUCCCUCUCGUCCCGAGAUGGAUCCUGUGCCCGCUUGCUCUAAUGGCACCAACCCAGAUGACGGCUCAUCGGUUUCUUCAACCAGCGACGAUGAAGACGACCUUUCUGACGAAAGGCACUCGCCUGCCUUGUACGAAAGUGUCGAUACUUCCGAGGCGAGCGGAUCACAGGGCAGGCGGGCUUUUCGGAACGUGAGCUGGCGUCUGAGAGAUGCAAUGCAGCGAGCACUGCAUAUUUGGAACUCCCUCAAAGACGCCAUCCACCGACGACGAACGAGAUUGCGCGCAUCCAUCAUGGUAGCUCAGCCUCUGGAAGAACGCCUGGAGUCCCUAAACGAUAGCGGGGAGGCGAGAGCGACUCUUGCGGGACAGGUUGGAGCGAUGCUCGUGUCCUCCUGGAUGAACACCCUCCUCGUGUUUGUCCUAGUCGGCGCUGUAACAUAUCUGGCCGGGAUGAACCCGCUGUUGGUCUUCACGCGCAAUGCGAUCGCGAUCGUGCCCUUGUCUGCCCUAUUGACUGAUGCGACGGAGCGGAUUGCUGCAGUGGCGGGUGAUACUGUCGGGGCGCUUUUGAACAUAAGCUUCGGUAAUCUGGUCGAGCUAAUACUAUUGCUGACAUUCUGGAGUGGUAUCGCCUUGGCCAACAAUCAAGUCUCUAUAGUCCAGGCUUCCAUCCUCGGGUCCAUUCUUGUCAAUCUGCUCUUGAUCCUUGGCUCCGCCCUUCUGGCAGGUAGCAGCGUUAACAUCAAUCCCGUCUACAACACUGUAGAGGCACAGCUGCUUGCUUGUCUGCUCUUUGUGUCUGUCUUUGUCCUCCUGAUGCCUACAGCUUUUAUGUAUACCCUCGACAGCCGAAAGGACGAUAGUGGCACGGCCCUGCAAAUGAGCAGGAUUUCGGCGAUGAUUGUAUUGCUAAUUUACAUAUUAUACUUCGUGCACGAGAUUAAAUCGCGCUCAGACGAUGAAGUAACCAUCACUACGCCGCAUACCCUGGACAUUGAGAGCGGCCAAGGCAUGACUGGCGAGCCUCCCUUCCGUCGGCCUCCUCUUCAUCAGGGCUCGCAAAUUCUGCCUCCUCGCACAAUUCGUUUCGCAGAUGAAGACGACGCCGCAAGCACCACUCACAAGGCGAACAACGCGACAGAGAUGGAAAUGGUAGAAUUAGAGUCCGACGUCAACUUUGCCGCGCACCGCGGACGCAGCAGCGGAGGCACCUGGAACGGCACUACUCGACCGAGCCCUUACCAACUCGUAGAUGGUUCGUGCAGACACUCCCGGUCACUCUCCCUCAGCUCCAACCGAGGAUACCGCAGCCAAGACUCCUCUGUGAGCGGCGAGGGGCGGCAUCUCACUGCAUUUCAACUCCUGAGGGAUAACCGCGCGAACAUGGACCAUUUUGUGCACGACCAGCCGCAGCAGCAUGGCGAUAGGAUGGCUGCCGUGGCCAUGCUGAUAGUUACUUCGGUGCUCAUGUCGAUGUGCGCCGAGUUCCUCGUCGGCGCCAUCGACGACGUCACGCACGAAGGCGGCCUGUCAGAGCCGCUCAUCGGUCUCAUCAUCCUGCCCAUUGUCGGCAACAUCGCCGAAUACGUCACCGUUGUGACUGUGGUGGCCAGGGGAAAGCUUGACCUUGCCAUUGCUGUUUCUGUUGGCUCGGCCAUUCAGAUCUCCAUGUGCGUCACCCCCCUGACUAUUAUGGCGGGAUGGGCGCUGCAGCGGAACCUGGGCUUGACGUUUAAUGUCUUUGAAAUUGUGACGCUUGUUGGGUCGGUUCUAUUGGUGAACUUGCUCAUCCUUACUGAAGGGAGCUCGAGCCUGAGGACGAGCGGCUUGAAGGGGGCGUUGAUGUGUGCUUGUUACGUGAUAUUUGGUCUGGGGGCGUAUCUUUCUCCUUAG